AUGGCCUUUGCCAAGAAGUUCUUUAGGGUUAGGGAAAAGACACCUUUAGGUUUCUGUGAUGGUCCCCAAAUGACUGUCUCUGAGUUUCCCAACUAUCCAAAAUACCACGCAACAUACAGACCCGUGGGGCAAAUCCACCGGGUUGCCGCGGAGGGAGAUGCGGGCCGGAUGGAGAUUCUCAUCAUGCUUGGACAAUGCAGCGUGUUCGACAGGGACCACAAGAACAGGACAGCUUUGCAUUUUGCCUGUGUCUAUGGCCGGCUCCCAGUGGUGAACAUUCUAUUGAAAAACAAUUGUGAGAUCGAUGCUUUUGACAAGAGACAAAUCACACCUCUGAUGAAGUCUGUCCAAUGCUGGAAACAGAAGUGUGCAGCCGUCCUCCUGGAGCACGGCGCUGAUCCGAACAUUCGGGAUAGCAGCGGCAACUGCGCCCUGCACUAUGCUGUGUACAACGGGCACAAAGACAUGGCCGCACUACUGCUUGAAUACCACGCCAAUAUCGAACAAAAGACCAAAGAUGGCUUCACACCACUGUUGCUGGCACUCAGAGAAAAGAGGGUAGAGGUGGCAGAAUUUUUAGUCAAGAAAGGAGCAGACAUACAUGUUGUAGAUGACAUGCAAAGAAACACCUUGAUGUAUGCUAUACGAUGUGGAUCAAAAGAUAUAGCCAUGUUACUCCUUCAAAAAGGCAUUGAUUUCUUCUACAAGGAUGUCUUUGGAUGGACAGCGUUACGCUACGCUGUCGAAGGUCAUUGUACUUUUAGACAGAUGCUUCUGGAUUUCGAGGAAAACAUACAUAAUAACAAAAAAGAUAAUGAACCAGAACAAAUGGAUUCUGGAAAUGACUCAUUGGCCAGGAUUUCCGGUUGUUGUAGUCCCGGGCUCCCCUUGCCUGUCGUGAAGGAAGAGGAGUGUAGCUGUGACGCCAAGGUCAAAGGCCCCUCUGCGGAGUGCGCUUCCUUGUGCCAGUCUGCCGCUGAAGUCAGAGAAUCUGUGGCCACUGAAGUCAGAGAAUCUGUGGCCACUGAAGCCAGAGAAUCUGUUACAAAUGAAACAAUAGAAAAAACAGAGCUGCUCCCAUUCCUACCAGAGUUAGAAUUGAUAUCAGUGGAGGAAGAUAUUCCCGAUGAAAGUGAAAACAAUCAGCUGCUGAGUACCUUGGAGCAUCUUCCACAAAAGAAUGUUGGCCAUUUAUCUGGUACAGGAUAUCAAAUGGGAAACAUUAAUAUCAGUGGACAAAUGAAAGAGUUUGACGAGGAGCAUUCUCAAUUGACGACUCCUAUUGAAAUCAAAGAUGAUGAUUUCAAAGAAGCAUCGACAACAAAGAACACGCCAGCCUUCAAAUCAGAAAAAAAGUCCAGUCCCACAACGGCUAUUACAUGUCUUGUUUUAAAACCUGUACAGAUGAAAACUCCUCUUCCAUGCAAAGCACCAGCAAGGAAAGAAGUAAAAGCAUUUGGCCCAGGUACAGUCCGCCGUCUUUCUGGCAUUGUGUCUGGUUUGAAUCUGCGCAGGUCUUACCUAUGCUGCGCAAAUCUCCGUGAGCGCAUCUGUGUUUCAGUCCCGCUGCACCUGAAAGAUGCUUUCUCUUCGGAAUCACCCGUCUGCUCCGGCCUUACACCUUCUCUACAUCUGCUUCAACCUCAACCAAUGGGCACUGCACAUUCAUCCAUGGCUGAAGAUGAAAGAGGAGUCAAUGCAGUAAGUGACCAAGAGAAAGGUCUUCAUUCUGAAUACUCUGAAUUAAAGGUAAAAAUGUUCUUAUUUUGUAUCCUUAACGUCCUACUAUAUGACGUACAGGCGUACCAUCAAACAUCUUGUUUCAAACUCAUGCAGGAUGCCAUUGAAAAUCAAGACUUAGUGUUAAUGGAAGACUCAACAGUGAAGCAGGAAGAAUCACUCACGGCAGGUGUCAAAACUGCACAGCUGAGGUCGGAGGAGGAGCAGACAGGAAGGUGUGGCAGUGGCAAGAAGCAGAGGAAGCCUUUUUUUGAGCAACUUCAACUGAAAUGGAACGUCCGAGUGUGUGUAAAUCCUGAAGUACGUGUGAAACAUGCUGCUGAAGAGAGAGGAGUCACAACAGCACAACUGAGACCCAAGAAAGAACAAACAGGAAGGUUUGGCAGUGACAAGAAGCAGCGGAAGGAAGUCUCGACGUAUCUUGGGAAGGCUUUAGGCAACCUCCAUGCAGUUCCUUACCGAUGUUCAUUUUAUCAGCCCAUCUUUGAGCGACUUCAAUCAAAGUGGUGUGCUCAAAUAUCUACGGAUCCUGAAGAAAGCAGAGAAAACACAGGAGCUGCUGAAGAGAAAGGAGCCACAACAGUACAACUGAGGCCGGAGGAGGAACAGACAAAACGAAAUGGCUGUGAUAAGAAGCAGCGGAAGCCCAUCUUUGAGCGAUUUCAACCCAAGUGGAGUGCUCGAGUGUCUGUGGGUCCUGAAGAAAGCAGAGGAAACACUGGAGCCACUGGAGAGAAAGAAUCUCCUAAACUAGUUGCAUCAGAAGAACAAACAGGAUGCCAUGACAGUGAGAAGAAGCCACAGUUGCAUAUCCUAGAGCAAUUUCAGCCAAAGCGGAGUGUUCGGGUAUGUGUGGAGACAAAAGAAGGGGAGAACACAGAAGCCACGGAAACGACGUGCUCUUCUGAUGAAUAUACUGAAUUGAAGUCCGUACAGGCUACCACUGAAAAGCAGGGUUCUGUACCAACUGAAGAUCCAACAAUGGCGCAGGAAAUAUCAUCAAUGGCAGAAACAGACUCAACAGUGAAAUCAAAGGAGAUGCAAAGAAGUCCUGGCUAUGACAACAGUCAGUCAACUGACAUUGACCAUAUAUCCAUGACUGUGGGUCAAAGAAGCAAGGAUCUUGUAAGUGAAGAAGAGGAAGAACCAGGUUUAGAAGCGGCAUCAGGGGAUGAACAAAACAAAUGUUAUAGCAGUGAGAGCAAUCAAUCAUUGGGUGCUGGUGCUGCUGCUGGUGCUGCUGCUGCUGCUGAUGGUGGUAUUGCUGAUUCUACUAUGGAAUCUGGAGAAAUCAAUGACCAGAGAUUUCUUAUUAAGGAGAAUGCAAAACAUGAUGGGCCCCGAAAUAAAACAUCUAAGGGAAAACACAAGGUAACAAAAGAAGUAAGAGCUAUGGUCGAUGUAACUCAGGCAUCUGAAACAGUCUUAGAAGAUGAUUCUGGAGGAUCAUUAAAAAUACAGGAUUUACCCAAUUCCUACAAUGCAUUAUUAGACCUUAAAAAAAUCCAUGAACUACUCAGGAAAAAAAAUCAAAAAAUAGAAAAUAAAAUUAUUGCUCUACGGAAGGAGCUAAAAAAAAGAAGAGAGGAGAAAUCAAAGUUAGAGGAUGAAAUAGUGGAACAGGAUGAAGAACUCUGCAAACUGAGGUAUACUUUAUGCAAAGAAUUCAAGGAGACAAGAAUUAUUCAUAAAAAUAUUAAGAAACAUUUACAUGAAAAACAAAAGCAGUUCAACGAAAGAGUCACAAUGGCAGAGCUUGAAAGGCAUCUGAGGAGUGCAAGAGCCAUCUUGAAGGAGUUGCAAGAAUCACAAAGACAACACAUAGAAACUCUAAAAAUUACCCAGAAGAUGAAAGAUCACUUACAAAGGAUUGAGCAAGAACUUUCUGAGUUAAAAGUUGAAGUAAAAGAGCAAGCUAAGAAAAUGGAAGAGCUUCGUGGGUGUCUGCAAAACUCACCUUUAAAAUUGGAACAAAAUGAAAAAUUGACACAGGCAGGUACUCAAGAAACUUUGGAGGAAUUAUGUGAGAACAUUUUCCCGACGGAUCAGACAGGAAUCAGAAUCCAGAGUCUGCGGUCUGAAUCCUCCAAAAUGAAAACCGGAAAAGACUCAAGUACAAGUGCUCAGAAAAGUUAUGAGCAACAAUGUAUAGAAGAAUUAAGGAUUAGCAAUUCAUUGCUAUUCAAUCUUUACAGGAACAGGAGACUAGAUAAAUCCUGCACACAAGUCCACACCACAGUGGAGCAGGACACAUCUCCUCUGCCCACACCAGAAACAAGGUUUUCUCUUGAGAACCCUUGCGUGGCAAGCAGUUGCCCUCACAGACACUUCUUCCCAUGUGGACACAUGGUUCUGCCAGGAAACCCACGGUCUUCUGAUGACUGCAUGCGAAGCUACCCAGUGACGAUGGAAGACGAGGAAAAUUCGAUCAAAGUACUUACCAAAUUAAAGCAAUCUUUAGAAUAUAAUUUGUAUCAGCAGCAGAAGAAAAAUGAUGAACUACAAAAGGAGAUAACCAGAAAUAAGAAACUCUUGAAAAUGGCAAAAAUUGGGCAAGACAUUGGAGAAUGUAGUUCUGAUGGAAAUUCAAAAACUGGUCAUUUUUGA